AUUCUCGACGCACGCAUCUCUUUUUGAGAAGAUAUGAUCCCAUUUGUGAUGAUUCUGACAAGUUGUGAGGAAGAGUGAAGUACAAAGAUCGAAGGAAGAAGUAACACCAAGGGUCUACAGGAGGCUCCACAUUACAUCAACCCCGCAAACCCUGCAUUUCUUUCGCACAAAACUUACACUAGCGGCAUAAACUUUCUAAGAGCGCAGACAACACUGGAGAACUGCACUUUUGACAACAUAUUCCUCAAAUACCAAUCGGAACUUACACCUGGAAAGAGCUAGAGAUAAAUCAAGCAACAUGGCGCGCGACGACUCAGACUCAGAUUCCGGAAGCUCAGUGGGGAGCAUCGUCGAAGAGAGAAGCGAGGCUGAUGAGACAACCUUCAAGUGCUUGUUUUGCGACCAGCAAUUUGCGCGCGUCCCAGAGAUGUCGUCGCAUUGCACAUCAGAGCACGGUUUUGACCUGAACGAGACAGUCAAAAGUCUCGGUUCAAAGGCGGAUGAGAUCGAUAUCAUUAAGUUGGUGAACUGCCUAAGGUCAGAAGCGCAGAAAGGAACGGAUCCCAAGAGCAUCAAAAUCACUUUGGAGGACUUGAGUGACAAGUACCUCCAACCAGUACUCGAGGAUGACGCACUACUUUUCGAACUUGGAGACCUCAUGCCAGACAACGAUACCAAUGCCGUGGACUAUGAAGAAUUCGAAGCAAAGCUCCAGAAAGACAUACCGGAGGACUUCUCGAGGUUACAAGUCACCAGCGACCGAGAUGAGGAUUACUUCGAAUCGUACAAGGGCAACAGCAUUCACCGUGAGAUGAUCGAGGACCGUGUACGAACAGAGGGCUACCGGGAUUUCAUCGAGAAGAACCUCGACGUCUUCAAAGACAAGGUUGUUCUUGAUGUGGGCUGCGGUACAGGUAUCCUCUCCCUCUUCUGCGCACGCGCAGGCGCAAAGAAAGUCUUCGCAGUCGACAACUCUCAAAUUGCUGUGCGCGCAAAGGAAAACGUUGAGAAGAACGGGUACGCAGACCGUAUCCAAGUGAUCCAGGGCCGCAUCGAGGACUUCAAUACACAGCGCCAGAUCGGCAAGGAGAAAGUCGACAUCAUCAUUUCCGAAUGGAUGGGCUACGGCCUCCUGUUCGAGGGCAUGCUUGACUCUGUACUCCGCGCUCGAGAUAUGUACCUCAAGGAAGACGGCCUCCUGGUGCCCAGUCACUGCAACAUCCGCCUCGCGCCCAUUGCAGACGCGGACUGGAUCGCAGACGCCACAGGUGCGAAGUUCUGGAAAGACGUGUAUGGCUUCGACUUCUCGUCCAUGAUCCCCGGCGGCCUACUCAACCACCGCGAAAUCGGCGUUUUCGACGUUCCACCUACAGCGCUCUGCGGCUCUGCAAAUGCGCACCUGCUGGAAAUGAAGACUGCAUCUAUCGGCGAUCUGAGCUUCAAGAUCCCAUUGCGCAUGACACUCGACCGCGAUGUCGAGUCUCUCCAAGCCAUCGCCAUCUGGUUUGACACUGUAUUCGUUCACCCCGGCAGCUCACAGGACAUCAAGACAAUCGACGAUGUGGACUGGCAGAAGAACGGCAUCCCGGGUCUCGGCUUCUCGACUGGACCUGCGAAUACGCCUACGCAUUGGCAUCAGGCUGUGUUGCUGUUGGAUGAUGAUGUCGCACAGACGCAAAAGUUUAAGAAGGGCAAGAUUUUGGAGGGAACGCUGCAGUAUGCGAAGGAGAAGGGUGAUGACAGGGGGAUUACUGUUACUGUGGAGUGGAAGGGGAAGGGGGAGAGUGGGGAGGUGCAGGGCAGGGUUGUGAGGUCCAUGGCAUAGAUCUACUAGCACCGUCAUGAAAGUCACGACAUACAGAGACGACUAGAAAGUUAGGCUUUAGAAGCCCACACGAAAUUCAAAAUUCAGGUUCACGUUGGAAAGAACUACCGUUCAUGCACAAGGAAGAUGAAGUGACGACACAAGUGGGGCCAGUGCGCGUGAGCUUGAACACCACCAGCCGUCGCGUAUCGACGACCUACAGAACCCCCACGUCGACGCGUAACAUCACCUGACUCUCGACAGCACCUCUUCUGCUGCCUGAAGCUACGCGAGACGAUGCGGCACCGGUAGCA